AUGGCGGAGGACAAAAACGGCGGACGUCUGAGCGGAGAAGAGAGUGAAUACUCGUCGGAGGACGAAGGUACGGAGGACUACAGGAGAGGAGGCUACCAUGCGGUUCGAGUCGGUGACACUUUUAAGAAUGGAGCUUAUGUCAUUCAGAGUAAGCUUGGCUGGGGACAUUUCUCUACUGUCUGGCUUGCCUGGGACACGCACGGAUCGCGUUAUGUAGCUUUGAAAGUCCAGAAGAGCGCUCAACACUACACAGAGGCAGCCAUGGAUGAGAUAAAGAUCCUGAAACAGAUUGCUGAAGGCGACCCGGGUGAUAAGAAAUGUGUUGUAAAGCUACUCGAUCAUUUCAAGCAUUCCGGUCCUAAUGGGAAACAUGUUUGUAUGGUCUUCGAGUACUUGGGAGAUAACCUCUUGUCCCUUAUCAAGUACAGCGAUUACAGAGGGGUCCCACUCCACAUGGUUAAAGAGCUCUGUUUUCAUGUUUUGGUUGGGUUGGAUUAUCUUCACCGUGAGCUCUCUAUUAUUCAUACUGAUCUGAAGCCAGAGAACGUUUUGCUUUGCUCUACUAUUGAUCCAUCAAGAGAUGCUCGGAGAUCAGGUGUUCCACUUGUUCUGCCAACCACCAAGGACAAAAUUGUUUCUGACUCAGCAUCUAAAACUGAAACUAAGAGUUAUAUGUACAAUGGGGAUUUAACAAAGAAUCAGAAAAAGAAGAUUCGUAAGAAAGCUAAGAAGGUGGUAGAUCAAGGUUGUGGUGUAGAGGAAGCUUCAAAAGAAAAUGAAAGAGAUUGCAACUCUGAAGCAAGAACAAAUGGCAAUUACACAGUGGAGAGAUCAGAAGGAAGUUCCACAAGAUUAGUGGAUCAUGAAGAUGUCAGAGAGAAGGUUAACAAAAAGAGCAGUCAGGGUAAUAGGAGAGGAAGCUGGUCCACAAGACUGAAACUACUGGGUGAUAUAGAUAGCCAAUGCAAAUUAGUGGAUUUUGGGAAUGCUUGUUGGACGUAUAAACAGUUCACAAGCGAUAUUCAGACAAGGCAGUACCGAUGUCCGGAGGUUGUUCUUGGAUCAAAAUACUCAACCUCUGCAGAUAUGUGGUCAUUUGCUUGUAUAUGUUUCGAACUGGCCACAGGAGAUGUCCUUUUCGACCCUCACAGUGGUGAUAACUACGACCGGGAUGAGGAUCACCUUGCAUUGAUGAUGGAGCUUCUCGGGAUGAUGCCACGAAAGAUUGCAUUAGGUGGUCGAUACUCGCGGGAUUUCUUCAACCGACAGGGUGAACUAAGGCACAUCAGGCAGUUGCGAUUUUGGCCAAUCAGUAAAGUCUUAAAGGAGAAGUAUGAUUUCAGCGAGCAGAAUGCAAACGCUAUGGCAGAUUUCUUAAACCCUAUUCUUGAAUUCGUGCCUGAAAAAAGACCGACAGCCGCGCAAUGCCUAACACACCCAUGGAUUGAUCCAGGCCCAAGAUUGUUGGAACCGUCAUUGAAACUGCAACAACCAAGUGGAGAAAAAGAAGCUGCAGCAAAUGAGAACAGAGAAAAAGAGAAGGACGAAAGAGAGGCAAUGGAGGCUAGUUUGGGGAAUAUCGCCAUUGAUGGCUCCGAACAGAAGGUGGCAACGAGGGGAGGACGUCAAUGCAGUCGGGAUAUUUGCAUGUAA